AUGAGUCACCAUCGUCCUUUCUCUCUGUGCAAAGUCAUAUAUUGGUACAUUUGUCACAUACCAUUCUCAUGUUAUCCCUUUCUCUUCUACAAAAAGUCGUUUCUAACGGCUUUAUUCCGCACCAUGGUCGCUUUCAAAGGACUGGAUACUAUACAGAAGUUAUCCACGGACGAUUUUCGCUGCUUGAAAGACAAUGGUUUCACAUUCUACAUCGGUAGGGUAUGGAAAAGUACGGGAAAUUACGAUAUAGAGGGCAUGCAGACCAUGAAGAAUGCUCAUGAAGCUGGUUUCAAAGUCAGCGCCUACAUUUUUCCCGGCUUGGAACCCCAUAAUGCGCCUCCGCAAAAUCAGGUUGAGGCUACAAUAAAUCGCUUGAGAGCAGAGGGUGUUCCCUUUGAUACGGUAUAUCUGGAUAUAGAAAUAUUCCGCUGGCCAAAAAAAAAUUUUUGUCGCGCCCCCCCCGAGCCGAAAUCCUGGGUACGCCACUGCAUCAAUGCUAUGGGCAACAAAUUAGACGAAAUGGGUGUCGACUGGGGGAUCUACACAAAUGAAAAUAACUGGGAGAAUAUCGUUGGCUUAGAAUAUGAUCAGUGGAAACAUAAAAAACUCUGGUGGGCCCAUUGGGGAAUGAACGAUGGGACACGGAAGGGCGCAUUCACUCCCUUUGGGGGAUGGUCAAAUUUUUACAUUCACCAAUAUGCGGGAGAUAUCAAUGGACCAUGCGGAGUAAAGGAGAUUGAUCUUAAUUACAGUGAACUUGUAUGAGGAAUAAAGGAUUGGAGGU